AUGUUUAGAGGAUUAGUUUUCGCUAGAAGUAUUGCUCCUGUAUCAUUGAGAACUUUUCAGCGUCCUUUAGUAGGUUUGAGACCUACUACAGUUAGUCAAAGAUGGUAUGCACAAUCAUGGGAUGGCAAGCAGCCCAACGAUCAAAUAGAGGCACAUUUGAAAGUGCAGAAGCUUAUGGAUGACAUACAUAAACAUCCUAGAGUAGCAGAAAAGUUAGAAAAUGUGAGUAAGAUUAUGCUGGAUAAAGGCUUAGCUAAUGGAGAUGAAUCAAAACCACCAGGACCAUGGCAGAUGGUCAAAAUUCUAAUGGACAAGGAUUUGAAAAAUGCAAUGGCUGAAUUUAAGCAAGAAUUACAAGAUUCAGGUAUCGAAUUAGGACCUGACCAAUUGGGACCUCUCAUGACAGUGUUGGGGAUUGAAAAGAAGACCAAAUAA